GGAUGGGACCGCUCGCAAAUUGGCUCGCCUCAUCAGAGCCUCCGGCCCCGGGCGCGGAGCGCGCCGGACAGGAAGGAGUUAAGCAGCUGUGCGACCAGCUGACCGGCCACGUGACUUUGCGGAAGCGUCGCCGGAGUGACGGGGAGCUGCGUCCUGCCGAGAUGUGGCGUCGCUUCGGCUUUGUCGUCUUAGUGAACUGCUCGUAUGCGGUGUGGUGCCUCCAAGGCCCGGCUGGGAUCAAGUCGGAUCCGUCGGUGGGAGCGGAAGCUGACCCCGCCGUCCGGUCGGAAGCAGCGGGUUGCGGCUGUCACAGCUUGAAGAGGGACGCCGCUCGGGACCCGGAGGGUGAGGUCGCCGGGGCGGCCAGCACAGCUGGCAGAUACUCCAGACGCGCCAAUGACGGGCUGGCGUUGCCUCGGGAGGGUGACAGCGGGUCGGCAAGUCAGAUGGUGCUGAUUUCUGGAGGAGAGUACUUCAUGGGAACAGAGAAGCCUGGCAUCCCUCCAGAUGGCGAGGGUCCUCAGCGGCAGGUCCACUUGGACUCCUUCUACAUGGACGUCCAGGAAGUCAGCAAUCGACAAUUCCAGAGCUUCGUCAACGCCACGGGCUAUAUCACCGAGGCUGAGAGAUUUGGAGAUUCAUUUGUAUUUGAGGGAAUUCUGAGUGAAACGGUGAAAAACCAGAUCUCCCAAGCAGUGGCUGUGGCCCCUUGGUGGCUACCAGUCAAAGGGGCCAAUUGGAGGCAUCCUGAGGGUCCAGACUCUGACAUCCUAGACAGGCAGGACCAUCCUGUUUUGCAUGUGUCUUGGGGGGAUGCUGAAGCCUACUGUUCCUGGGUGCAGAAGAGACUUCCCACAGAGGCAGAGUGGGAGUACGCCUGCAGAGGUGGCCUGCAAGACAGACUGUUCCCCUGGGGAAACAAGUUGAACCCUAAAGGACAACACUACGCCAACCUCUGGCAGGGAGACUUCCCCACACACAACUCAGGAGAGGAUGGGUUCAUCAAAACCUCACCAGUGAUGUCCUUUCCUGCCAACGGCUUUGGCCUGUACGACAUGGUGGGGAACGCGUGGGAGUGGACGUCAGACUGGUGGACGGUGCAUCACACCACAGACCAUCGAUCUAAUCCAAAAGGACCUCCAUCAGGCACGGAAAAGGUGAAGAAGGGUGGGUCUUACAUGUGCCACAAGUCCUACUGCUACAGGUACCGAUGUGCCGCACGAAGCCAAAACACUCCUGACAGCUCGGCCUCCAACCUCGGGUUCCGCUGUGUCUCUCAGGAGCGACGGUGAGGUGACUUGAUCUGGAACAGCAUGGCUUUAGUCAUAUGAAGCCCCCAGACUCCACCACCCCGGGCCCAGCGUUGAUGGAGCGAUGGCUGUGGAAUAAGCUCAUUAAAGGAGCACUUAGCGGUGUCAGAGGGGUUGUUCCACUGCCCUGCUGAUGUGACGCGUAUGAGAAGGAUUUAAGAAGGAAGACUACUUGAAGUUCACUGGGCCUGCCUCUAAAAUGUUGUGUCGGGGUGUAUUCAACACAACCACAGAUCUGUUCAGAAGUCAUUCAUUUGGCUAAAAAUGUGGCCGUGCACUUCUUACAGUGCAAAGUAUUGUGCACUGUGCACAAAAGUGAGUCUUCGUUUAUUUAAAUCAGGCAAACAUUGUUGAGAAAUUAUUUUCAAAAGGACACACUGAAAAGUGGAUACUACUCUUGCACCAUCUGUGGUGAUUAGACAAUAGCAUUAGCUAAUGGCUCGGCGAGUUUGCAGUAGGACGGUACAUCUUAAUGUGUUUUAAGGCUGUAAAAUGUGUUUAUAUUUGCAGUAUUUGCAAACGCCGGAGUAAGAUGGACCUGUUGGUUAGAAGUGGUGUCCCGAGGAACAGUGUUUGUUUUGAGGAUGUCUGUUUUUCAUUUGUUUGAUUCUUCACAUUUUACCUUACAACUGACUGUAAUUCAUUUCUAUUGGGAGGCUGCAUUAUUUCUGUUUUCCUUUUUCUUUCUUCAUAUUUUUUGACCACAUCUCUACAUUUGUUUGUUUUCAGUGUGUUUGAAUGUUUCUUACUUUUUAUGGAUUGACAUAUCUUGAUCGUAAAAUAAAAAUCAGAG